UUCUGCUGCGGAUAAAGUUCACUUCUGUUUAAGUUGACACACUUGACAGCGAACUAACAUGUGAUUUCUGUAUCAUAUUAAAACUGGAAUGAGUGGAUCUUCACCCAGCAGCGGCAGUGGCGAUGAAAAUUCGCCCCUGCAACGAAAUGACGACGAUAUCGGAGAGGAUUCGGAAGCCAAUGAUGACGGGAAUACAAAUGGAAAUAGUAGGAGAGUCAGGCGACCAGUGCAGUACUACUCCAUCAAUACACCCACCCAUGAUGCCAGUACAAUGGCAGUGGUCAGUCGAUACAAGUACUACUCCAGGCUGUCUCCACACAGAAACAGCAACUUCCAAAUGCCAGACCAUGUGGUACCACCCAACUUUUUCAGUGUGAUCUAUGUGACUGCUCGUGGUGAACAAAACAGCAUCAUCACCAUAUUUUCACUAUGGAAUACCAUGAUGGGAACAUCAAUUCUCAGUAUGCCAUGGGCCAUAAGACAGGCAGGAUUUGUGACUGGCAUUACAUUGCUGGUAUUGAUGGCAGGUCUCAUGUUAUACACAAGUUACCGCAUACUGACAGCAGUACAGGGCAUGUCAUCAGAUUCCAUGAGUGAAGCACUAGACUUUUCGGAUGUAUGUCGGCACUAUCUGGGUCGUUGGGCUCAGAUUCUGGCAGUUGUCUCAUCCCUCUUGACCCUGAUGGGUGGGGCCAUCGUCUACUGGAUACUCAUGUCCAACUUUCUCUACAACAUUGUCACCUUUAUCUACCAUAAAGCUACAAAUUCAGGUGCACACAAUUCUACAGAGAUUUCCAAAGAUUAUAUUUGUCCUCACCCACCUAUGGGGCAGAAUGGAUCUGUGUACCUUUCCCAUAAUGCUAGUAUUUACACGCCCCCCCACUUGAUGUGGGCGGAGUCAGCUAGCCACACCCAUGACUCCACCCUGGACCGUGUCUGGCAGGAGGAAUACACAGUGCCUCUCUUCCUCAUCGCCAUACUUUUCCCCCUCAUCAACUUCAAGUCACCUACUUUCUUCACAAAAUUUAACUCUUUAGGUACUAUUUCUGUGACAUACCUGGUGAUCUUUGUGGCCUACAAUGCCUCACAGUGGGGAUUUCAUCUUGAUCUCAGUGUUCCUGCUAGCAGUGACAAACAUAUACCAAUGUUCAAGGGUACAUUUGCAGCUCUAACGGGAGUUGCGGCUCUAGCCUACUUUGUACAGAAUUGUGUGAUAUCCAUUGUCAGAAACCAAAAACAUCCAGAAAAUAAUGUACGUGACCUGGUGAUAGCGUACAUAUUGGUGGGUCUGACAUACAUUUACAUGGGAGUUAUGUUCUAUUCCUCAUUCCCCAUGUCUAAGGACUGCAUAGAAGAUAAUCUUUUAAAUAACAUGGCAGACACAUAUGCACUGGCGUUUGUGGCACGGAUCGGAUUGUUUUUCCAGAUGAUGUGUGUGUUCCCACUGUUGUUGUAUAUCUUUCGGGUCCAGUUUUUACACACCGUGUUUGGAUCUGUAUGGCCAAGCCUCAAGCAUGUGCUUGGAUUGAACUUUUGUGUAGUGGCUGUCUGUGUUUUGUUCGCUAUGUUUCUUCCUCAUAUUGGAUCUAUUAUAGGAUUUGUGGGAGCGUUUUGCGGAUUGUCGUACGCGAUUGCCUUGCCGUGUCUGGUGUAUAUGGUGAUCCGUUACCAGCAGGACACACUGACCAUGCCAGUGAUAGCCUUCCACUCUUUUCUAAUACUCAUAGGACUGGCCAACUUUGUUGGACAAUUCAUCAUUCUUGGAAAGACAAGCUGAUUCUAAUUUGAGAACAUUUUAUUUAUUUGCCUUUAUUAUCCCAAAGGGAUGAUAAUAUAGGAAGUUGUUGGUAAGACCAACUGGUCUGUUCGCUGGACAGUCUUACUGCUUGUGUUACACCUAAAUGAAUGUUGGCUAUUUAGAAAAUCAGCUGGUUUGAUAUAAAACUCUAUAUGUCUUCUCUAGCCAAUGUAGGUAAAAGAAUUUUCAUGAAAUAUCUUAAAGUACAUGCAUAAGUUUAUAUUCUAAAAUAUAUUAAAAUUCAAAUAAUUAAUUUCAACGAUUUCCACAACAAUACAUUUUUUUUGUCUCUUCCUUAAAACUGGGUUGUCAAUGUUAAUACAGCUAUGGAAGGCAAUAUACCUGCAUUCUUGUAUGUACUUUAAAACUAGUUCAAACAUAAGCUGCAUGGAUUUUAAAAAGUAGGCUGUCCUGAAACCUGCCCCUUCAGUAACCUCACAGAUUGGCCCAGCUGCCAGCCACUGUUUUCAUGAUCAAAAUUGAGGGGAUUUCUCUGGUUCCCUCAAAAGUAUAUCCUGUUUUUUUCUAAUCUACUUGUCUAAUUACCAGGUAUAGUUUUAUACUGGGCCAGGUCAACCUAAAUCUGCAUAUUAAUCUCCACAUCAUGAUGAUAUACCUUGCUAUCAGUGUUUUGUGAUAAAUAAUAAUAAACAUUUGAUAUAGAGCCCUAUCUAGCUUAACUAAGCUUCUCUAAAGCGCUGUACAGUACAUAGAUGUACCAUUUAUACAAUCAAUACAAUUAGCAUAUACAUUAAUACAAUUUCAAUUUUGAGGAA